CUCUGGGUUGACCAGCAGGAGGUGACCGGUGUGGAAGGGGGCAAUGUCAGUGUGCAGUGUCGCUAUAAAGAACCAAGCAGCAUGAAGAGGUUGUGCAGGGCUGAGGACUCCUGUGUGGAUGUGAAUUCUGCUAAAUCUGGAAGAGCAGAGAUCAAAGAUGACCGUUCUAAAAAGGUAUUCAUUGUGUCAAUGAGGGAGCUGAACAGAAAGGACGCUGGCUGGUAUUGGUGUGCUACUGGAAAACUACAGAUCCCUGUUCACAUCACUGUCACUCAGAAAACUACUACUACCACAGUCACCACAAGUGCUGGUGCUGUGUCCACAGUGAGUACUGUAGCUGUACAGACAGGAAGAUCUGUCACCAUCCCAUGUCACUAUGAUAAGAAAUAUGAAAAGCAUGUGAAAUACUGGUGUCGGGGGUCAGAUUGGAAUACGUGUCGUACUCUAGUACGAACGGACUCUCCAAAAGUCGAAGGUGAAACAUCAAUCACUGAUGACCACACCCAUCACGUCUUCACUGUUACCAUGACAAAGCUGAAGACAGAGGACUCUAGAUAUUACUGGUGUGCUGUAGAGAUCAAUGAGGGUGGAGAUGAGCGCACAUAUCUGUACCUGUCAGUCACUGCAGAAGCUCCUGAACUCUGGGUUGACCAGCAGGAGGUGACCGGUGUGGAAGGGGGCCAUGUCAGUGUGCAGUGUCACUAUAAUGAACCGAGCAGCAUGAAGAAGUUGUGCAGGGCUGAGGGCGCCUGUGUGGAAGUGAAUUCUGCUAAACCUGGAAGAUCAGAGAUCAAAGAUAACCGCUCUGAAAAUGUCUUCAUUGUGACAAUGAGGGAGCUGAACAGGGAGGACACAGGCUGGUAUUGGUGUGCUGCUGGAGAACUACAGAUCCCUGUACACAUCACUGUCUCUCAGAAAACUACUACUACUACAGUCACCACAAGUGCUGACGCUGUGUCCACACUGAGUAAUGUAGCUGUACAGACAGGAAGAUCUGUCACCAUCCCAUGUCACUAUGAUAAGAAAUAUGAAAAGCAUGUGAAAUACUGGUGUUGGGGGUCAGAUUGGAAUACGUGUCAUACUGUAGUACGCACUGACUUUCGAAACGUCAAAGGUAAAACAUCAAUCACUGAUGACCCCACCCAUCAUGUCUUCACUGUUACCAUAAAAUCUCUGACGGUGUGGGACACUGGAUAUUACUGGUGUGGUGUAGUGAUCAAUAGGGGUGGAUUUGUGGUCACACGUCUGCGCCUGUCUGUCACUGCAGAAGCUCCUGGACUCUGGGUUGACCAGCAGGAGGUGACCGGUGUGGAAGGGGGCCAUGCCAGUGUGCAGUGUCACACUAAUUAUCGAAGCAGCAUGAAGAAGUGGUGCAGGGCUGAGGGCUCCUGUAUGGAAGUGAAUUCUGCUAAAUCUGGAAGAGCAGAGAUCAAAGAUGACCACUCUGAAAAAGUCUUCAUUGUGACAAUGAGGGAGCUGAACAGGGAGGACACAGGCUGGUAUUGGUGUGCUACUGGAAAACUACAGGUCCCUGUUCACAUCACUGUCACUCAGAAAACUACUACUACCACAGUCACCACAAAGAACAACAAAUUGACCAGGACAGCAGAAGCACCUUCAACUGUCCAGAAAACCAGUUGUCCGGAACACGGAAGCCAGCCGUGUUCCAGUGCACCGACGAGCUUGGAACGGACUCUGGGGCCGCUACGCCACACCGGGGUUGCUUUGGUGUUCCUAAUAUGCUCCGCCGUCGCCUUUUGGAAGAUUUGGCGAUACCGCAAUCCUGGACUCUGGGUUGACCAGCAGGAGAUGACUGGUGUGGAAGGGGGCCGUGUCAGUGUGCAGUGUCACUAUAAUGAACCGAGCAGCAUGAAGAAGUGGUGCAGGGCUGAGAGCGCCUGUGUGAAAGUGAAUUCUGCUAAAUCUGGAAGAGCAGAGAUCAACGAUGACCACUCUGAAAAUGUCUUCAUUGUGACGAUGAGGGAGCUGAACAGGGAGGACACAGGCUGGUAUUGGUGUGCUGCUGGAGAACUACAGAUCCCUGUACACAUCACUGUCUCUCAGAAAACUACAACAACCACAGUCACCACAUACUGGACAUUGCAUUUGCUGGCAGAUACCAUCACAUCUCUCUCUCAACCCCACGAGAACAACAAACUGACCAGCACAACAGAAGGGUCUCCUACUGUGUUCUACUCUUCUACGUCUACUGGCCAGAAGACCAGUUCUCCAGAACACAGAAGCCAGCCGUGUUCCACUGCACCGACGAGCUUGGAACGGACUCUGGGGCCGCUACGACACACCGGGGUUGCUUUGGUGUUCCUAAUAUGCUCCGCCGUCGCCUUUUGGAAGAUUUGGCGAUACCGCAGUGCUGGUGCUGUGUCCACAGUGAAUACUGUAGCUGUACAGAGAGGAAGAUCUGUCACCAUCCCAUGUCACUAUGAAAAGAAAUAUGAAAAGCAUGUGAAGUACUGGUGUUGGGGGUCAGAUUGGAACAUAUGUCAUAUUGUACUACGCACUGACUCUCCAACAGUCAGAGGUGACACAUCAAUCACUGAUGACCCCACCCAGCAUGUCUUCACUAUUACCAUAAAAAAGCUGACGGAGCGGCACACUGGAUUUUACUGGUGUGCUAUAGAGAUCAAUGAUGGUGGAGAUGAGGGCACACGUCUGUUCCUGUUUGUCACUGCAGAAGCUCCUGGACUCUGGGUUGACCAGCAGGAGGUGACCGGUGUGGAAGGGGGCCAUGUCAGUGUGCAGUGUCACUAUAAUGAACCGAGCAGCAUGAAGAGGUUGUGCAGGGCUGAGGACUCCUGUGUGGAAGUGAAUUCUGCUAAAUCUGGAAGAGCACAGAUCAAAGAUGACCGUUCUAAAAAGGUAUUCAUUGUGACAAUGAGGGAGCUGAACAGAGAGGACGCUGGCUGGUAUUGGUGUGCAACUGGAGAACUACAGAUCCCUGUUCACAUCACUGUCACUCAGAAAACUACUACUACCACAGUCACCACAACAACCCAAUCUUCAACAUCAAGACCACUAUGCACAUCUCUUCCGGUUAGCACAGCUACCACAUCAGCAACAGCCAAGGAGCCAUCAACCUCAAAGCAGUUAACAGUCACAAUAGCUCGGUCAUCUAUUCCAUCCACAACCACUUACAACAAUAGUCUUUCAGACCUCAUAAUCGUUCUGAUGAUAUCAGGGAUACUGUUGCUGGCGGCAGCUGUUGCUAUGGUUACCUGGAAGCUGUGGAAGAAACACAAGAGCGUCCAGCCGAACGCAAGAGCAAGAGAGGACAGGAGAAACGAGGUGACAACUGUAGACUCUGAGGAUGAAGUGACCUACAGCACAGUGUUCACCAAGACACGGUCAUCAUCACACAGAAUGAGUCCACCUCAGCCACAGUCAUCUGAGAGGUCUGCAGAUGAGGUCAUGUACUGCUCAGUCAUCCUGAAAAAUCCACAGGCCACACACUCCCCUAACCAGUCUCCAGCAGGAACAGCCGAUGAUGUGAUUUACAGCUCAGUAGCCCAGCAGAAAUUACGGAUGCAUACACACACACACAAACAAGCUGGCAUCAUGCAUAUGGCUACCACUCAGCUACUCUUCAUCUCCAUCAUCUUCCUCUCUGUACGACCAGGUGCUGACGCUGUGUCCACAGUGAGUAAAGUAGCAGUGCAGAGAGGAAGAUCUGUCACCAUCCCACGUUACUAUGAUAGAAAAUAUAAAAAUUAUGUGAAAUACUGCUGUAAACAGACACCUUGGGAUAUGUGUCGUACAGUAGUGCGCACUGACUCUCCGAAAGUCAAAGGUGAAACAUCAAUCACUGAUGACCACACCCAUCAUGUGUUCACUGUUACCAUGACAAAGCUGAAGACAGAGGACUCUGGAUAUUACCGGUGUGGUGUAAAGAUCAAUGGGGGUGGAGAUGAGGGCACACGUCUGUACCUGGAUGUCACUGCAGAAGCUCCUGGACUCUGGGUUGACCAGCAGGAGGUGACCGGUGUGGAAGGGGGCCAUGUCAGUGUGCAGUGUCACACUAAUUAUCCAAGCAGCAUGAAGAAGUGGUGCAGGGCUGAGGGCUCCUGUGUGGAAGUGAAAUCUGCUAAAUCUGGAAGAGCAGAGUUCAAAUAUAGCCGUUCUAAAAAGGCAUUCAUUGUGACAAUGAGGGAGCUGAACAGAGAGGACGCUGGCUGGUAUUGGUGUGCUACUGGAGAACUACAGAUCCCUGUUCACAUCAUUGUCACUCAGAAAACUACAACUACCACAGUCACCUCAAACUGGGCUUUGCAUUUGCUGACAGAUACCACCACAUCUCUCUCUCAACCCCAAGUGAACAACAAAUUGACCAGGACAGCAGAAGCACCUUCAACUGUCCAGAAAACCAGUUGUCCGGAACACGGAAGCCAGCAGUGUUCCAGUGCACCGACGAGCUUGGAACGGACUCUGGGGGCGCUACGCCACACCGGGGUUGCUUUGGUGUUCGUAAUAUGCUCCGCCGUCGCCUUUUGGAAGAUUUGGCAAUACCGCAGUGCUCUGUGUGCUGAGUGGUCAGCCUUCAUGCCUCAGACCAUUGAGGCUCUGGCUGGCUCCUGUGUACUGAUCCCAUGUCAAUUUGAAGUUCCCGAAAACAAAGUUGCCAGACUGAAGAAACCAGCCAAUGGGGUGUGGAGGAAAGGGUCGCAGUGGUUUACGGGCGGUGUUGAUGUAUACAACUCAUCGCAUCAUCAGAACAUCCUUCAAGGAGAGAUCACUGGGGACCUGAUACAGAAGAACUGCACCACUAUCCUGGAUGCCAUUCCUAGCAAUUACACGGACGAGUACUAUUUCAGAAUCGAAACUGGUUUCAUGGCAACCUUUGGCAACAAUGUCAGCAUAAACGUCAUAGCCUUUCCACCCAAACCCCAGGUGACCUCAGUGGGUGCAGUAAUGGAGGGGACCCUGGUGAAUCUGUACUGCACGGUGUCAGCCCCCUGCCCUCGGCUCCCCCCAGCCCUGACCUGGUCCCCCCCCGAACUGGGGCGCGGCGUGAGCGCUCUGCUGGGGAAUCCGGACGGGACCCGAUCCGCGUCUUCCACGCUGAGUUUCGUGGCCUCGCGUCUCCACCACGGGCGGAUUGCGUGCAGCGCUGACUACCCCCUGCAGCUAGGGGGCGGUAGCAAGCGAGCAGAGGAGGCUGUCACGCUCAAUGUCCUGUACUCCCCAAAGGGCACCUCUGCUACAGUGAGUCCCUCUGAACUGGUUCCCGAGGGCACCACCGUCAGCCUGAACUGCACUAGCGAUGCCAACCCGCAGGUGGCGCACUACUCCUGGUUCCGAGUGAAGGAUGGGAAGGUGACAGCGGUGGGGUGGGAGAGGAACCUCACCCUGGUCAUGACUGAGAACCACACGGGCCUGUACCACUGCGAGGCCCAAAAUGAGCACGGGAGGCAGAACUCCACCGCCGUACAGCUGCGUGUGCAGGGUGUAGGUGUGGCACCGUGGAUUUGGGGGCCAGUGGGGGGAGGGUUCCUACUGCUUUCCAUUCUGUUGAUCUUGUGCAUCUGUAGGCAGCGAAAGUUACCAGACCCUGUUGUCAUGAAGGAGCAAGGCGAAGACGACACUCCGGUGUAUGAAACCAUAAGCACAGUGACGAAGCUGGGUUUCGCAGAGAACCAACCGAGAAAAGAUCUGAACGAGGCUGCGUACAGCAACCGUAAAACGCUGAAUCCAGGCGGGACUGUCUGCAUGAGCAACCCGUCUGGCACAGCGGAGAGGGAUGACCAGCUGUACGUAAACUACUUCACUCCCUCCAGUCCAUAGAUUGGCGCUCGAGUCAGAAGAGCCUGUCUGUGAUGCGACUGAUGUUUUCCGACAUCACCAAGCAACCGAGUCUCCUCCUAUUUUUUACAGUCUCUGGUCUCCUCCCAGUUCCCUGUACUUAGUAAUGGACACCACUGCUUUACUUAGCUUGUAUGAACCUGCAUAGAAAUUUUUCACUAUCCAACUAUGCAAAGCUAGACUUUGAACUCCAUCACGUACCGCCAACUUCAACAGAUGCACGCGUUUACCAGGAAAAUCAUUUGUUUCGUUGCCAAUGUGGACACACUCCCAAGGUCAGUUCCCUGUGUCUCUUUUGACUUGAGUAAAUGUAUUUUGAAUUGAGCAAAUUGAACAAUAUAUUCUGUACCAAAGAGACUAAUGUAAACU